AUGUGCAUCCAGACCUUCAGCGUCAGCCGCACUGCCUUGAUCGCAAGCGCCAAUGCUUCCCCGGCCCUUCCGUUCUGCAUGCCGCUCCCGAUGUGCAGCGGGCCCGAGAGCUUCCCCAGCUCCCACGUGCCUGAGCACAAGGUGAAGCACGAGGCCGAGGACACCCGCGACCAUGAGCCAGCCGAGGAGCCCGAGGUGUCGACCCUCGUCAGCGAGGACACGAAGCUGAGCGAGAGAUACGCCAGGCUCUCCCUGGUGAAGCAGAAGCAAGUCGAGGCCUUGUCCCACUCCAUCGCCUACAUCGAGAAGCUGCAGGCCGAGGCCGGCGGGAGUGUCGAUGGCACAAGAAUGCCGUGCGCGAGGCCUAGUGCGAGGAUCAAGCAGGACGUUGUCAAGUGUGUGAAAUAA